AUGACUUUAGAUUCAGUUGAAGCUUAUCACAUUCUCCGUAAUGGAAUUACUGGUGGUUUAUCAAAUGUUCAACAUAGAGUAAAUCUUAAAGGAAUCACGCACAUUAAUAAACUUUCAUAUAGUCCAGAAACUAAAACUGUAUCAAAUGAGGACACCACCAACAUUAUGACUCAUUUCGUUGGUGUUGACUUUAAUUCAUUAUAUCCUUCAUCAUUUUCAUCUAAUCCUCAUGAUUUCAUUCAAUAUACUGACCAUAAAAUGUAUAUGCCGGGAAGAUUGAAUGGUGUUAUCAUUUGUGAUACAGCAACAAAGAAAGCAAAAGCACUGGGAAUAAUUAAGAAGAAAAAUACUUUAUUCGUGGCUGAAGUAAAGGGUCACAUUGAUGAAAAAUACAUUAAUGAUUACAUAAACUUUUUACCGAUAAUAAGAAACUUAGAUAUUAUCACAGAUGAAAAAACAAUUGGCAGUUUUAUGUAUAAUUACAUGAAAUCAAACAAUUUACCAGUUGACCAGAAACAGAGAAAAUUAACUCAAUUAGCAUCAACAUACAACCAAUAUCAACCAUUUUCUUCUUAUUAUCUAUGGUAUCUAAUCGACAGGUUUAAUUUUAUUAUCGAUGAUAUUCAAUCAAUUUUAACAUUUACGAAAAAUACUUGUUUUAAUGAAUUUGCGAACAAAUUUAUGAACGAAAGACAAAAGGCUGAAUUAGAAGGAAAUAAAGGAAAAAGUUUAUUUUGCAAAAUUUCACUUAAUGGAUCAUAUGGUUACGAUGCAAUGAAUACACAAAAUUACGCAAAGACUAAAAUAAUGAAUGCACAGAAGGCACGCGUUGCAUGUAUGUCAAAUAAGCUUAAAAACAUAAGAGAAAUAGGUGAAGAUACAUAUCAAGUGAUGCUUAAAGAUAGAUUUUAUAGAUGUGAUACAUGUUUACAAGAGGCAUUCUUCACUUUAGAUAAUGCUAAAUACUGGUAUUUGGUUUUCAUUUAUGAUUUUAUGUAUAAAUGCAUGAAUGUUAAUCGUUUUCAUUUCAUUGAAGGUGAUACUGAUUCAUCUUAUUGGGCAAUCGCUGGCGACCCAAAUCUUCCUAACACUCAAGCAUUUCAAGCAAUUGUUACCGAUAAACAAUUUUAUGAUAAAAACAUUUUCAAAUUCGCACCAUUUGAUUUCUUUUGUUUUGAUGAGAAAUUUAAACCUAAAUUAAAGAAUAAAGCUGAAGAAAAAGCACAUGAGAAAAAAUUAUUGGGUUUAGCAAUUGAGAAACAAGGUGAUAACAUGGUUGCUUUAUGUCCUAAGUGUUAUACAUCAUUCAACGGUUCAAUUGAUGGAAGUGAUUUUAAAAAGAUUGCACAAAAAAUGAAGGGUGUUAGUUUAAGACAAAAUAAGCAAUUAACACCUAAAAAAUAUUUGGAUAUAAUAAAUGAUAAAGUGAUAUUUGAUGGUCAAAAUAUUAAUUUACAACUUAAAAACGGGUCAAUGACUCGCUUAACAAUUGGUAAGACUGCAUUAACAGGAGCACACACUAAGGCUGUAUGUUGUGAAAAUGGAUGUUGUAUGCCAUUUAUUUAA